GAAGACGAUUACACUAUUCGCAAUUUGAUCGUGAUAAUUUUCUACUCGAUAAUCGUGUGCGUGUCAUUUUGCGGCAACCUGCUGGUGCUGCGUGUGAUCUCGGGCAAACGCAAAAUGCGCACCACCACCAACCUGCUGAUCGCCUCGUUGGCCCUAGCUGAUUUUCUAACCACCACGCUCAAUAUACCGUUUAACGUGACCCGAUUUAUCACGUUCAAUUACCCGUUUGGUCGCGUACUGUGUAUUCUGGUGCCAUUCAUCCAGGUGUGUUGCGUCUAUGUGAGCACGUUCACCAUGGGCGUUAUCGCCAUACACCGAUUCUGGACAAUUGUGGGCACAGCCAGUCUGGCCAGUAAGUCACUUUCACCUGGUCGAUUGGCCGUGAUUAUCGUGGUGGUAUGGCUGGUGGCCGGUGUGCUGGCGCUGCCAUUUUCCGUGUUUAACCGUAUUGUGCCCACAGUGUAUAAGAAUGUCACCUAUGAUAGGUGCAGGGUUGUUUAUCCAAAACUAAAUUUUGAUUUCCCAUUCUGGCUUUCCAUCGAGGGCUUUUUUACGCAAUAUUUAAUACCGCUGAGCAUCACAUGUACACUAUAUAUCAAGAUUGGGUUCGUUGUGGCAAAACAGGGUCGUAUCGCUGGGAAGGCCAACGAUGAGCGCAAAAAGCAGCAUGAUGAUGCACGCCGUAGGAGAAUUGUCAUGCGUACAUGUGUACGUAAUAUAGCGUAA